AACUUGCAUAAUACAGACAGAUCGAGACAUUUUAGUUCGUAAGUUUCUCUGGCAUAAGCGUCAUGGUGAAAUCUUUUAUCUCGUCUUUUUGAGUUGUGUUUUAAAAUGAGUUCUGAUCCUUGCGAGUCCAGUAAGCGGCCCAACGAGGAAUGCCAGCAAGAGAAAGAAUUUACAGAUGGAUCUUCGCCAUUAAAAAAAUUUCGUGGGAUUGGCCCUAAUGAGCACGCCAAACCAAAGCGUCGGGGGAGGAGGGGUAAGAAGCGUAAACAGCGAAAGUCGUCCAAUAGUGGUGGCGCUGCGUGUGGUGGUGAGCACCAUGAGGAGUGCAAUGUUGAUCAUCCAGCUGAGUGCGAAAAACACUGCAUGUCUUGGGAUUCUGAUGAGGAAGACAUCGAAGUAGAAGAUUUUAAUUUAUUUGGCGAUGUGUUGAUUAGACCGACUAAUGUUCCGAAAGCUCCAGAAAAUUCCACACAGUUUAUUAUUGAUGAUCACGAUGAAUGCAGAUUGUAUAAGAGUUUCGAAACUCCUAAUCCUUACUUGCCCGAUUUCUUGCGACCCGAGAAAGAUAAUUCAGAAAUCAUCGAGCCAGAAGGUGAAGAUGCCGCAUACGUUGAUAUAAAUUAUGAGUACGAAUCUCCCCACGAUUUCGAUAAUUCCGCGUACUAUGACAAGGAGUUCGAAUUAUCCUAUAAGAAUAAUCGCUACGACGAACUUUUGCGACUCUCUCGUGAAGAGUUGAUUUCUGGUCUGAGAAAUUUGCAAGACCACAUACAGGAGUUAAACGAGGAAUUGGUUAAAGAAGACCCGGAUCCUAUACUUGAGCGGCUACAGACUGAACUUUUAGAGCAACAAGAAAAACAUUCCCAGCUCAAGGAAGAAAACUCUAGAUUGCAAAAGCGUCUAGAAGAAGCCGGGAUUGAUUAUCGGUUACUCGAAGAGAACAUUGCAAGUGAAAAACAUCACUUAGUGGAUCAUUUAGUAGAGACGAGUGAUCUUUUAGUGGACGCAAGUGAACAAACUAAUGUGGAGAAUCAGUGUUUAGAGGAUAGCAUGCAAAAUGUAAGUCAAGAACAACUUGAAAAUGAUUCUACAUAUGAACCAGUUUUACAGUGUUCAGAAGAGUCAUUAAGUAAACAAAGCACUCAGUCACCUUUGAGUGUAUAUAACCAGAAAGAUAAUUCUGAAAGUCCGUGUCACAUACCUUGCAUGGAUGCUUCUAACAAAGAAAAUGCUUGCUACGAUGAACUAACAUUUGAAGAACGUCUGCAAUCGGCUAAGUGCACUCCACGUCAUGAAUCCUGCAAUGAUUCUUGCAGUGAACACAUUCCUGUGAAGGGUAUUUUGCGGGAUUCCGAGUUCAAUGAAACGCAAUGUUGUGAGGAUGUUUCUGAUGAACAUGAGAUGAACGCAGUUACAGUGUGAUAUGUAUAGAACUUUCUUUAAACAAAUUGCUGCUCGGUGAAUAAACAUUAGAACUUGUUAAUAUCAUUUAUAUGGCCAAAUAUCUAGAAUGAAAAGUGGUAUUGUUUUAAAGUUUUCAUAUUCAAAUUGUCAAACUUCUCUUUCUUAUCUUUUUGAGAUUAUUUAUUGUUAAAAAUAGUUAGAAUUUGGUUUUAAUCUUUUUUUCCUCUUCUUGUUCAAUAGUUUGUAAUUAAUCAACAGAAAAGUUCAUUUAGUUACCUAAAUUGCCUAAGGCAUGCAUGUACAUUUCUGGGCCGACCGAUAAGAUGGUUGUGUAUUCUGUAAAAAAUAUUAUUAGUCAAAAUUAUUAAAAUUAACUGACAAAA